CUCGGAGCGUCUCCCGCCUCUCUCAGAAAGCAGGGAUCCCGCGCGUGAGAACUUGCACCGCUCCCGACACCGGGUACACGCUGUCUCGGUGUGUGUGUCUUCUUUCUUGUUCAUUUGCUUCGCUCUCUCGAAUGUCCAGGCACUCGAAAGAGGCGAACCAGAGCGCAAAGAAAGAACAGGUUGAAAUUCUCGACCAUUUGGAACGUCACGCAGUUUCCGACCCUCGGUGCGGCCUUCUGGGCUCCCGUUCCCCUUUCUGCUCUCGGAUCCCUGCCUCAACUUUUACGAUGGUCUUCUCUGUCGUUUCUCUUUAAGGCUCUUCUCCUUCUUCAGUGCUGUUUCACACGUUCAUCUUCCACGCUUCUGCCUCCUUGUCCCACCCUUUUCUCCAAUUUCCUUCCUCUUCUCUCCCCUCUCUCCGGUUUUUCCUCUCUCUCCUCUCUCUCCUCUCCUCUCUUUCCUCUCUCUCUGGUUUUUCCUCUUUCUGUUUCUCUACAUUUUCCUUCUUUCCCCGACGAGAAUCUGUCCACCUUGGGUGCGUCGAGUGCCGCUCUCGGUUUUCUUCGCCUGUUCUCGCCUGCUCUCCAGCAUGCCACGGGAGGCCUCGUCUGGCGUGUCUCCGCGCCCUCUGUCUCCUCCCUCGCCGACGGGUCACGGAGACUCGGUGUCUCCGCAGGGGGCGACUUUGCCGUCCAUGAACGCGCUCCAGGUGGUGCGUUUCCACCCGGUCUUCGCGGACUCGGACUUCUUUUCUCCUCCGGAGCAUCUCGCAUUCUCCCCGCUGUUCUGCCAUCACUUCUUCAAAGAGAGCGAGACGGUCUCCGGCUUCGACGAGUUGUCCAUCGACAUCUUCUUCGCGCCCGAUACCUUCGAUACAUACAUCCGCGUCCAAGGCGUCAUCUCUCCGAAGGCGCGCGACCCUGCGGCUGUCCACGGUGCGCUCAUGAGGGAUCUCUUCGACUCCGUUCGUUUCCCUGGAAACCUCUCGACGUCCGCUGAAGAGUUCCUCGCAAACAUCAGACGCAAUCGCUCGCACUUCUCCCCUCCGGGUCGCGUCGUCGCCGAAAGACGUCUUCACGCAGAGAAUCAGGGAGAAGCGAGAAAGGAGGAGAAGCAGGAAACGAAGAAGGAGAAGAAGGAGAAGAAGGAGAAGGAGAAGAAAGCACCGCAGGAGACAGCGGCGCACGGCGAGGAGCCGGAGGUCGAAGAAGUUGUCAAGUUGCAGUUGAGAGAGUGUUCCUUCGACGUCGAAGACGGCCACCCGUUCCUCCUCCUCCACCGCAGGGUCGAAUGGUUCCUGCACUGGUUCAUCGAGAGCGCGAGCGCGAUCCACACCGACAGUCAGUGGCGGGUGAUUCUGCCCUACCUCGUCACGGAACGGCGGCCGAGGCAGGCUGCGGCGCGCAUGCAUCGCGAAGGCGAGAAGCAGCAGGCGCCUAGGGAAAGCAGACGACCCAAACGAGCCGAGGAAUCUGCAGCCGCAGACUCCCCAGAGACGGAAUCCUCAAGCGAUCUGGUCAUCGGCCUCGCACAGAAAGCUCGGGAGAGAUGCGUGGAAGUUGCUCAAGACUUUGAGGAGCGUUGGAAGAGGAGCAGCGAGGCCGGAGGCGGCGGCCUCGCUGUGUCGAAGGAGAACGGAGAAGCGCGUCGAGAGAGACGGCCGUCGGCGAGCGAAGAGCACUGCAGCAAAAAGCCGAAAACGGACGCACUCGUGAGCCACGAGGAAGGCUUCAGUGUCCUGCCGGUCUUUGCGGUGUACGGACAGCCGGAGGCGGAGUUCGAGCACUCCGCAGCGAAAAGCUCAGCGCGAGACGGCGACGGAGACGCGACACCGAAGGCCGCGAAGCCGCAGGCGACGUCAGAGGCGCAGCGAGGCGACGCUUGCACUCCGAAGAAGGAGCGAACAGAGGACCGCGGAACAGCUCGAUACCAUCUGGCCGGCAUCGCGACCACGUACACCUUCUACGCAGUCACCGGGUUCCGCAGGAGGAUCAGCCAGUUCAUGGUCUUCCCUCACGUUCAGCGGCAAGGCGUUGGCAUGACCAUUUUGGAGCACGUCUACUGCGACGCCAUUCUCGAUCCAUGUGUGAUUGAGUUCACAGUGGAAGACCCCGCGUCUUCGUUCUCGCAGCUCCGCGACGUCGCCUCUCUCAAGUUGCUGGUCGAGCUCGGCGUCCUGCCGUCCUCCCUGCUCUAUCCGCCGGCCAGCUCUGAGGAGACGCCGGAGGAGGCGGACAGACGCAGGUGCCUCAGCUCGCCUCAGCGGCUCAUGUUGCUUGUCAAGGAGACGACGGCGCAGGCCACCAGAAUGUCGGAAAUUCUCCAACUCGGCCAGCAACUCCCCCACCCCCUCCCGCCGCCGCCUCUCGACUCCGAGGACCUCGAGCAUCGCCGCGACUGGCGCAGGCCCAUCCACAGUGUUUCACAAGGCUCUUCUUCCUCUUCUUCGUCUUCGUCUUCUUCCUCUUCUGUCUCUUCGUCUUCUUUCUCUUCCUCGUCCUCUUCUGCCUUCCCUCCUUCAGCUGCUUCGCCUCGUUCCGCUGGCGCGACGCCGGGAGCCACGGGCGGCAAGAAGGGGGAGACGCCGGGGAGUCGCGCGGGCGAAGACGACUGCUGCAGGGACAUCCGCGUGAGAGUGAAACGCAGACUCAAGAGAGAAAAUCUGCAUUGGCUUGUCGAUAUCCCCCUCGCGCAGCAGAAGGCAGAGCUGCAGCAGCUCUGGAGCCAGCUGUACGUCAAGUAUUACCGGACGCUGUCAAAGCUGCGGCGAAUGUUCCCGCCACCCGCCGUCUCGACAACGCAGAGCACGCGCUGAACUGGUUCUCCGGCAGUUUGCGCUCGAGUCCGGGAGCUGCGAGCGAGGAACAGAGCGCUCUGCUGUCUGAAGGAGGCUGCAGUCGUCUUCCCCCUGCAAGCCGACGACUGAAACUCCCAGUUGCAGCCGCCACAACUUUCGUCUGUUCCCCAGGACUCACGUCCGUGUGCAGAAAGGCGUCGACUAGUCAAAGAAGAUCGACGUGUCGCGUUUUCUUCCUCGACUGCUUGGCUUGCGGGAGGAGUGCAAGAAAUCCAGAAAGAACCCGAAAGUGAACGCUGCGGUGUAUGUACACCCGGGGUCCCAGCUGCACGUGCGCCAGUUUGGAACACGAAACUUUGUCUUUCUCGGGGUCUGCAGUCUGCGGCUCUUUCCGUGUCGCCUGGAGUGCCUGCGUUGUGCUGCUUUGCGGAUGGAGUAGUAGUUCGUGUCUUGCCAGCUUGCCCGAAUAUAAGCCGAGGCGUUUUUCCUCGCGUGCCUCUUCUUGUCAAACUCCUUGUUCCACGUUGUUCUCGGCUGCACGUCUGCCGGGCCUACCCGCCGGCGCCGUGUUCGGAACUUUUCCGUUCCUCUCUUGGCUCAA